CUGAACAGAAAGGGUGCAGGUGAAGGCAGGCAGCAUUAAAGACUGAUCAGAGACGGCAGCGCUCUGCUCUGUCUCUACAGCUACUGUCUGCACUGGGACAAUGACUCGGACAAUGACUCGGAUUCUAUUAUGGAUGCUCCUCCUGAUGGCCUGCUGCGCCCCCUCAGAGAGCCACGGAAGCCAUAAAUUUGAGGAAGCUAAGGACUAUGAGGUGGUUCGACCGAUCCGACUUCACACAGUCAGAAGACGGAGUGCAGGGAACCUGAGGCCAGAUAUAAUAAAGUAUGGGAUGACCGUGAGAGGAGAACACAUGGAAAUGCAUCUGGAAAGAAAUGAUGAAUUAGUCACCAAUGACUACUCAGAAACUCACUACUUGGAAGAUGGGACUCGAGUCACCACGACUCCUGAUGACAUUGAUCACUGCUACUAUCAAGGAAAGAUCGUGAAUGACAGCAAGUCGUCUGUGAGCAUCAGCACCUGUGACGGACUGAGGGGCUACUUCAGGACAUCUGCUCAGAGAUAUCUGAUUGAACCGCUGACCGCAAACGAUGAGGGUGAUCACGCUGUAACUGCAAUCAAUGAGAAUGAGAAAGAAAUCAGCCCUGCAGUUUGCGGUGUCACCAACACCACCUGGAGUGACGACUUUGAACCACCAACCAGCCACAGCCGCUCAAGAUCAGGGGGAAUAACAAUUGUCCAGCAGCAGAAAUACCUCGAACUCUUUCUUGUUGCUGAUAAUCGUGAGUACAGGAAGAUGAAUGAGGAUAAGAACAAACUGAGGAAGAGGAUUUUUGAAGUUGUCAACUUUGUCAACAUGGCCUAUAAACCCCUGAGGACCUUCAUCGCCCUGGUGGGACUGGAGAUCUGGUCCAACGGUGACCAGAUCGCAGUGACUCCUCCAGCUGGAGCUAACCUGGACGCCUUCAUGAAGUGGAGGAACUCUGAGCUGGUAAAGAGGACGAAACACGACAAUGCUCAUCUGAUCAGUGGAAUUGAUUUUGAAGGCUCGACCGUGGGACUGGCUUUUAUCGGAACUCUUUGUUCAGGUCAUUCUGUUGGUGUAGUACAGGAUCACAAUGACCGUGCCAUUGCAGUGGGAGCCACACUGGCCCAUGAGAUGGGCCACAACCUGGGCAUGGACCAUGACGACUCUAGUGCCUGCAGCUGUGCCGGUGAAAGCUGCAUCAUGGCUGCAGCCCUCAGCUGGAACAUACCUCGGUAUUUCAGCAGCUGCAGCAGCAUCAACUACGAAAAGUACCUACUGGGCCGCAGACCUGACUGCAUGCUGGACAGACCUAACUACAAAAGCAUGGUGGCGCCCCCUGUCUGCGGGAAUGGCUUUGUGGAGGCAGGAGAGCAGUGUGACUGUGGAACAGUGCAGGAAUGUACCAAUCCUUGUUGCAACGCCACCACGUGUUCACUUAACGAUGGUGCACAGUGUGCAGAGGGAGAAUGUUGUGAGGACUGUAAGAUCCUGCCUCGCUCCAGGGAAUGUCGCACGAAACAGGAUGAGUGUGAUUUGGCCGAGUACUGUGAUGGGAAGACCAACGUCUGCCCUGAAGAUGUGUUUGCUGUGAAUGGAUUCCCUUGUAAUGAAGACCACGGUUACUGCUACAACGGCCAGUGUCCACAGAGGCCAGACCAGUGUGUUAAACUUUAUGGAGCAAGUGCUAUAGAGGCCAGAGCACAAUGUUACAACUAUAACACCAGAGGAAGCUACUUCGCCUUCUGCAAACGUCCUUCAAAAGACCAGUACAUCCCCUGUCAACAGAAAGACAAGUUUUGUGGGAAACUCUUCUGUCACCAUGGUCAAGACAAUCCGAACUACGGCCGCAUGGUCAGAGUGGACAACUGCAAGGCCGCCUUUUUUGAGGACCACACCAAAGACCACGGUCAGGUGGACACUGGGACAAAGUGCGGGGAUGGAAAGGUCUGCAGUGAGAACGAGUGUGUGGAUCUGCUCGUAGCUUACAGGAAUUUUAAUUGUUCUGCAAAGUGUCCAGGUCAUGCUGUGUGUAACCACAGGGACGAGUGUCAGUGUGAACCUGGGUGGAUGCCUCCUUACUGCAACACAAAGGACGGAGAUUUAUCUUCUCUUUCUACCGGAGCAAAGAUUGCAGUUUCUAUAGCAGUUAUACUCAUACUUGUAGGAAUCAUAGCAGGUGUGCUGGGGUUCCUCUGGAAAAAACGGAAGGGAACCUUGUUGCCUACAUCACGUACCCAGAGGAAACAGGCUCCAGUGGAAAGAUCCAUUCAGCGCCCGAACGUAGGACCACCUUCUGCCUUCGUGUCACAUCAGCCUGGAAAAGCAAAACCCAAAGGAGCACCUCCACCACCUCCUCCUGCAGGAAAUCGACCCAAACCACUGGGUCAGAACUACAUAGCUGCUCGUCAGGCACUGAGGCCAGUCCCUCCACCAAAGGUCUGAGCUUUGAUGACGUCAACUUUGAUGUAGGCAAUUAUGUCACUUCCACCUGUAGGGUGGGUGCAGGGUGUAUUUUCUUCCAAACCUGUGUCCAACUAGCCUGGACCUGAGGCUGCUCUCAGGAAGAUUUUUUUAUAAAUGCAGACAGUGGUCUGCACCAUUGUCUAUUUUUACGUGUGUUGAGGGACCACAGAUUCCCAUCAUGCAUUGCUCCACACUGCCUGUAAAGUACAUGGACUGAACAUUUAUUUUUUUGAUGCACUUUUAUUCUUCUGUGAUUUUCUAAGUUGUGGUUUGCGGCUCUGGUCCUGAAUAUGAGCCAUACUGUUUUAUUCUGUUUUGUUGUUGUUGUUUUUGUUACAGUUGUUGAUUUAUAAAGCAAAAACGGUACACGUGAUUGGAUGACAUAAAUGUUGUUGUGUUGUGAGGAAUGACAAAUAUCUGAAUGGAUGUAAGAAUUUUUUUAUAUUUUCAACUUCUUAAUUACUGCAUCAAUUUUUGCAGGAGCUCGUCUGUAUGAAUUAAAGUUUAAUAAAAAAGGUUAAAAAGUUCAUUUCACAAAGAAAAGUUAAGUAAAUCUAUUAUUUGUGUCCGACUGUGUUCGAAAGCUGCAGUAAAGUGAAUUUGAUACACAUGUAUGUUUUGGUACAUUUUCUACAAAGUUGUUUAAAUUGUGAACAUUUUAAUCACUAAAAUAUUCCUCUGCACAUGUAUAUAUUCAUUAAUAUGAUAGAGUUUUAGUUAUUUAAUUAUUUGUUAUUAGGUUAGAACUUUGAGUUAUAUUAAAGGUUUAAAUUGUGUUUUAAAAAUAGUCUGAGAUAUGAAACGAAUAACUUACAAACAAAUGUGUGUAAUUAUUUCUUAGCCGUCGAACGAGGACAAUAACACCUCUUCAUUCUCUAUGUAUAAUGUCAUAAAGUGGAGGAAGUAUAAUGACACAUUAUCUGCUGUGAAUAGAAUGGAAUCCCUUUCAUCGCAGUCGACUGAUAUCAUGUCGUCCACGAGCUGCUACUGCAUACAAGAUAUAUUUUAUCUCUGAUGCCAGAAUAUGUGCAGAGUUUUUACGUUUUUUAACUGAUGUUAAAAUCAUUUCACUUCAUGUACAUAAAAGAAGUACUAAA